AUGAGUAGCAAACAAUGUCUUCGGUUUCUGCGGCCUUCCCUCCGCGAUCCUCGCCCGGCUAAGAAGGCGGCCUUCACUCGGUUUUCUUCUGCCGCUUACCACAAUUUGGUUCGAACAAAUUGGCCAUGUGUUUCUUCGAGAGGCAUCGCGCCGCGGAAUAGGAGUCUAUCGACUUCUGCGUCUAGAACAUCGUCAGAUGGUCAGGCUGGAGCGGCGCAAGAUGGGUUGAAGACCUCCGCUCGGCGCCCCUCCACGGUCGAAAACCGAGUGCAGAAGCUCAGAGAAUACAAUGCGCUCAGAUACCCGAGGCUGGAUGAUCGGGUGAACCGCAUGAGCAUACCGGCGUUCCGAAAGACCUAUCAAGAUCACCAAGGGUCUACACCAGCGCCAGACGAAGUCACUUUGGAGGGAAGGAUCAUGUCCGUUAGACGGGCAGGGUCCAAGCUAGCCUUCGUAGACGUCAAGGGCGGAUAUGAGCAGGUUCAGAUCAUGAUCGGUCUGGCCUCGCUCUCUUCAUCUGAACUGGGCAGUCAUGAGUUCAAAGAAGCUCUUCAUCCAUUUCGUCGUGGUGAUAUCAUUUCAGCCAAGGGCAAGGCUGUCCGAACCCAGAUGGGCGAGCUGUCAUUACGUGCGACUGAGAUUCCCAAGCUGCUGAGCCCGGGUCUGGCACCACUUCCCGAGAAACUCAUCAACGAGGAGACUAUAAUUAUGAACAGGCACGUCGAUCUCCUCAUCAACCAGCGAACCUCAGACGUCCUUCGGCUUCGCUCGCACAUCAUAAAGUCUCUGCGCGAUUACUUUCACGAGCAAGAUUUCUUAGAGGUUCAGACACCCAUCAUGUCUGACUUUGCAGGCGGUGCCACUGCUCGGCCGUUCUUGACAUCAGCUACCGAAUUCCCUGAGAAGAGUUUAGCAUUGCGGAUAGCUCCCGAGUUGUGGCUCAAACGCCUGGUCGUCGGUGGCAAUGACAAGGUCUUCGAAAUUGGGCCGGCCUUUCGAAAUGAAGGUCUCGACACCACGCAUAAUCCAGAGUUCACUAUGUGCGAAUUUUACUCCGCCUAUUCUAACCUUUCAGAGUUGAUAUCAAUUACUGAAGAUCUCAUCAUGCGCCUAUUCCGCAAUGCCGACCGUCUUGUGCAGAGUCAACUCUGGUCCCUGGACAGGGAGAGGAUUUUGUUACCAGAAGGCCCGUGGAAGCAGGUUGAAUUCGUUCCCGCUUUGGAGAAUGCUCUCGGCUUCCAAGUUCCGGACUUGUCAGACCCAGAUGCAUUGAGCAAGCUCAGCACCCUGGUUUCCGAACGAACAAAGUUGACCGUGCUUCCCGAGUUGACCCUGAGCAAGCUGCUGGAUCAGCUUGCUGGAGAAUAUCUCGAGGUGUCGUCUCUCGAGCAGCCACUUUUCAUCAUCCAUCACCCGGCCUGCAUGUCCCCGCUGUCCAAGUCCUUUACCUGCCCCAAGACCAGUCAGCUCGUUUCCGCACGCGCUGAGCUCUUCAUCGGAGGUCGCGAAAUCGCCAACAUGUAUGAAGAGGAGAAUGACCCAUUCGAGCAGCGACGCAAGUUUGAGCUGCAACUGCAGUCGCGCGGCAGCAACGCGGCGAAUGAUGACGAAGGACCGGCUGAGGUGGACGAAAGUUACAUCCAAGCCCUGGAGCAUGGCCUGCCCCCCACAGGUGGUUGGGGCUGUGGUGUCGACAGGCUGGUGAUGCUCCUCUCGGGCGCACCGAGAAUCAGCGAUACCCUCAGCUUCGGAAACCUCAGAAAUGUUGUCUCACUCUCCCAAGCGGUCAAGAACACUUGA